CGUGUUGUUGUUUCUCAGCUACUAGUGCGUUUGUUUGGGUUUAAAGAGCUGUUUGGUGAUCGGGAAAGAUACGAAAGCCAAAGAUGAGCAUCGUUCAUAAAUAAGGUAGGUGUGAGUACCAGCUGUCCCCGAGGGUAGGUCAGAGGUCAUGGAGGUUCGUGUUGGAAGCUUGGUGUUCAGCUCCAGGUUUGACUCUGGAAACCUGGGCCGCGUGGAGAAGGUCGACUCCUCCCCCUCCGACACCGCCUGGUCCACUUCCACAACCCUUAGCAACGCCCCCGACUACGAGUUUAAUGUCUGGACGCUUCCUGACUGUGCCGGGACAGAACACGAGAAUGGAAACAGGUCCUGGUUUUACUUCAGUGUGCGUGGUGCUGUGCCGGGGCGACUGCUGAAGGUCAAUGUAAUGAAUAUGAACAAGCAGAGUAAACUGUACAACCAGGGAAUGGCUCCUCUAGUCAAGACUGUACCUGGUAGGACACGCUGGGAGAGAGUACGGGACAGACCCACAUACGAGAUGGUGGAUAAUCAGUUCCUCCUGUCGUUUACUCAUCGUCUGUUGGAAGUGAAAGGAGCCACUACGUUCUUCUCCUUCAGUUUCCCCUUCUCCUACAGCGAGAGUCAAGACCUGCUGACACACCUGGCCCAGAGAUACCCUGACACAGCCACGCUCACACCCAGUUGUGGUGACAGUGUAUACUUCCACAGGGAGGUAUUGUGUCAUUCUCUGGAUGGUAACAGAGUGGAUCUGCUGACGGUCACCAGCUGUCUCGGCAUGCAGGAAGAGAGAGAACACCGCCUGGACAAACUGUUUCCUGAUGCAGAGACCCCACGACCUCAUCGCUUCACUGGCAAACAGGUGUUUUUCCUCAGUAGUCGUGUCCACCCGGGGGAGACGCCAUCGUCGUUUGUCUUUAAAGGCUUUUUAAACUUCAUCCUGCGUCAUGACGACCCCAGAGCUCACACCCUCCGCAACAUGUUUGUCUUCAAACUCAUCCCCAUGCUGAACCCGGACGGGGUGGUACGCGGACACUACAGGACUGACUCUAGAGGGGUGAAUCUGAACAGACAGUAUAUGAACCCUAGUCCUGAUCUCCACCCCUCCAUCUACGCUGCUAAAACACUGCUUCUCUACCACCACACACACAACCGUACCACACACACACACUCCAACACGCACAUCAACACACACACCUACAACCCACCUCAAGCACCUCCCCUCAGCACCAAACCCACCAAUCAGAGCCCUGCCCCACCCCUCACCUCUCUGGAACUCAGCCUCAACCAACGGAACGCUGAUAAAGACUCUAACCCCGCCCCCUCAGAGAUCGCCAUGGUUAUGGAGGAGAUCGCCUGGGUAACCAUGGAGACCGGGAAGAGGGAGGGGCAGGGGGAUGAAAGGUGCUGUGAAGACGAGAAUGAUUCGCAGAGCGUCUCAGAGUCCACGCCCACAUCAGUACCUCUGGAGAUGUCAGUCGCAGCCGGGGAACCAAUCCCUGCGCAGGAGGGGGGAGUGGCCUAUUACGUGGACCUGCAUGGCCACGCUUCCAAACGCGGCUGCUUCAUGUACGGCAACAGCCUAUCAGACGAAAACCAGCAGGUGAGGGAG